UUGACGAAAAAUCGAGACAUACAGAACAUAAUGAAAAGAACCAACCACAUAAUUUGCUUUAUUGUGAUCCUCCAGGCUGCCUUAGCUGAAGAGGACGCAAGAGAAGGGGCACAGGUCACUCCUGGGAAUACAGAUGUUUGUCCAUACUGGGACUUCACUUAUCCAUACACCAGUGGAGUGGACUCUUCUUGUUGGUUUUCUGUGUCAGAAUCAACCAAGAAAAGGUUCCUUCACGAAGUUGCACAGAACUCAUACAGUCUUGUAAAUUUUGUGCUCCGCUUUGAGAAUGUUUCCAGCAAACAAAUCAAUGAAACAAGAUGCGUUAUACAAGGUAACAAAUGGACGUGGACAUUUCCUGGACCUAAAGGGUCCAGACAAUACUUAAACUGGCCAUUAGGCUACCGAGUCUGGUCUCUCGGUCUCUUGGAUGUCAACACCCUGGAACAUUUUUCUGUUCCGUUAAGAGUUCAUGGAAAUUGUCAAAUCCAAUAUGGUGCUAACGAGACAACACAACGGAUUUCCUUAGCUCUAGCCAAUCUGACAGAUUAUCUUGAAUCUAAAACUAAGGAUCGCGAUAUUAACGGGAUGGCGGAGUAUUAUAAUCAGAGCUACUGGUGUUACAGGGAACGCAUAUUCAUCAAGAGUCAUGCACUUUAUUCGCUCUGUCUUAAUGUCAUUUGUCCUUUGGAAGCAAUGGGCUAUCGAUGUUGUCGCUGGAAGUGGAAAUUCGUGGCGAAAACACGAAUUUUGGAGUGUUCUGGAACUUACCUGAAAUACAGAAAAAUUGGCGGGAAGUUACCGUUUGUGCUAGGUCUGGUUUUAUACAUGUAUUUCCCCCUUUUUCUCGUGUGGUUUCUGAAAUAUGUCCAUGAAAUCACAUUUAGAGGUAGUUCAAGCUAUCAUGAAUUCCUGAACUUUUCAAUCAGCGACAUGGAAGGUCAUAUUCAAGUAGCUGAAAAUAAGGAAAGUUGGAUUUUUUAUAAUCCUGUACAUAUUGGAACCAUUAUAACAAAUGCUUUUAACUCUUGCUGUGUAAAAUGCCCUAUUUGGUCUUCAAGAAUUGUUAGAAUUACUUUCUUUUUCGUAAGCAUAUCAAUCAUCGCUCUAAAGGUACUACUGCAUGGACUAAUGCAAUACAGCGACAUAGUUGCAAGUGUAAAGAAAGGUGUACCCAACGAUUUCCAGUCCAUGUUGGCGGGAUACGAGCUGAGCAGUAAAAAUUUUCUUGGAGUGUUUGGGGGACCUUUCCUAGCGUGUCUGUUAUACGCCGUGUGUUUCAUAUUAAGUACAUGUGUUCCCUCCGACCUGGCAACAUUUCUUGCAAAAGGACUGGUUGAGAACAAAAAUGAAGUCACAUCCCCUCUAAAAAUUAAUGCAUUUGUUCGAGUGAAAUUUGGAGCCAUGAAAACAACAGAACCUGUAAAUGGGUACGAAAAAAUAUUCCGUGUCUUUCUAUCUCAGCUUUUUAUGGUUCUGAACCCAUCUUUCUGGAAAUUUGCUGCAAUCACACAGAUUAGGCGUUGGAGUAAGUACAGUCUUCACGCAUGGAGGAAAUCCGCAUUUAUUGGAAGAAUAUUUCUUUUCAUAACACCUCUGUAUGUUUUGUUUUCUGUCUUGGAACUAGCGUUGUGCCUUUUGCUUUAUGGAAUCCCAUUGAUUAGUUUCAUUAUGACGAUAGCACGUGCAUACGUCAUUGAACCUUGGCGGGAUCUAGACAUAAGUGCCCCUUUAAAAGUAAUAUGCUGUCUUUUUGCGUUCUGCUUUGUGGCGUUCAGCAAUUACAUGUUCAGUAUAAUAUUUGUCGACAGCUUCAUCUUUAUUUGCGGAGUGUUUGUGUAUACAUACACUGGGUUAUUUGCGCACCCAGAGGUAACUUAUGGAUACCUUAUAUUUUCUUUUACGGUCCUUAUGUACAUGUUCGACAGCCUUAAUGACAUUUCGAAGUUUUACGACAAUAUAUUCCUGCAUACCAGAAAAAUAUGCAAGAAAAUACACAAGUAUGGUCAAUAUCCAGAUAUAGCUUUGUUCAAAAGGGAGGAAGAAUGCAAAGGCAUCCCGAAGAAUCUUUUCUUUUUAAUUGUGAAGAAGUACAGGCCCAUCAGACAACAGGUUUUUAUAUCUCUCUUAAAAUUAAGCGUGAUUGUCCUUGUUUUAUAUAUUUCUGUUGAUCUCUUGUUAGAAUUCUCCGUAUCUAAGAACUUAAGUUUACUUACACAGGCUGCAGCCACUAUUAUUGUGUGUCUUGUACCAAAGGUUUUAGGAGACUCAUGCUCUAUGUUUAAGAAACGAAGGCAUCACAGUCAGUCGCGGGAAAUUAAGAGGAUCAUACACGAGUUUUAUCUUCAUUCCACAGACGGAGGCAGCCAAGGAGGUCCAUCAAAUUUAGAAGUUUUGUAGACAGUGUUAGAUUUUUUUCCAAGAGCACUUGUCCAAACAAUCGAAUACACUUUAAGUAAAACUGUAUUAUGGAAUUAUUCUUCGUUAGUUGAAGUCGUGAAAUUAUAUCACAAAAUCAAUAGUUUA